AUGUUUUGCCCCCACAAGAACUCUUACCUGCAGCUGGUAUGUGCCAUGAACCCUCGCGUCAUUAACAAAGCAGUAGAUGAAGCCAUGGAGCGAAACCACUUUGAUCCGCACACAGAGCCGCCACCAGCGCAGCGGUUGGAGUCGAUGCAGCCGUCGUGUUACGCUCCUCACGUGGACAUAACGCGAGCUAGGCUCGGCUUCGGCAGGGUCGGACUACGCAUCAUCAACAGGGAGCUCCACUCGCCCGACCAUCUGAAGCAACUGCAGGCUUUACAUAGUGUCUUGGAUCAGGUACAAAUUUCGGAGAAUGCAAUGUUUCUAAUAAGCCUCAACGUCGUCUACCGCUUGAUAGAUUUAAUUCUCAACCGAAACCCUGUCAUCCGCGAAAAAGUUUGCCUCAUUCUAUCUCACCUGGCUACGUACUACCAAGGGAGACAGCGAAUAACAUCACGUCCAGAAAUAAUCGAAAAUCUCAUGAUGCUCUUCUUGAGGGACAGAAAAGAAAUACGAUACGCAGCCGCUAACACGCUGAGGACUUUGGCCAGAGACAGGUGCGCUUGCGAAAUGAUAAUGAAAAACGGGGAAAUUGUAGAGAAUUUACUGAAAAUGAUAAAGAGUGAUCAAACUGGUAUCGUGCUGUUGCAUUUGAAAACAUUGGAGCGCUUGUCUGUUUGGGACCCUGAGCGGGCGUUGAAAGCCAAUGCAUUUCAGGUUAUGUUAAAACUAUUUCGGAACAACGACCCUAGGAUCGUAGGCGGGGCAAUGGACUGCAUGACGCAGCUGUGCAAGCACGAGGUCGGCAUGAAAUUGGCAGACAUGUACGAUUUGACGUUUGUGCUGAGAAGAUACCUUGGCUCCCGUCACAUAGAGGUUAUAAUCGCCGCGGCGGGUCUGAUGGCUUAUACCACUCUGACGACUCAAUCGAAAUGGCGGGCUAAAGAGCGCUGCGUAGAAAUCACAAAACGCCUCGUCCAUCUGUGCCACAGCCCGAACAAACCGCUUCUACAGCUGAGAUGCAUGCAGGUUUUGAUCAACCUUUGCGACUGUCCAGACAUUCGGCACCACAUGAAGAUGCAUUGGGAGAUCAAAGUGAAGGAUAUUAAAAUCAGAACGCAUGAAGAAUGGGACGGGACUUCGGAGACUACUAGCUAUGGCUUGGAAAAUGGGCACAAUUACAGGACUAUGUGCAUAGAAGGCGUAGAAACAAUCAAAAACGAUUAUGGUGAUAACGCCUACGUUGUAAACGUGCACAGCUACAUAAAAAGAGUGAUGGAGAAGAAACAGCAGUUGAUAGAAGCUAUAGACUGGAAAUCAUACAAAAUCUGA